CAAAGCCUCCGAACUCAUUCAAUUUAUUCACUACGCUCUAUGAUGUUUGCUUCGUUAUUCACUUGGAUAAUUUUCUCAUACUUCCUCUUCUUGCCAAAUUGCACUGAAGCCAAGCAAGCUAACCUUCUCCAUGAUUUUAUCAGAUCCAAUAGGCCAUCUAGCGCUCGCUUCGAUGGUUUCUUGCAUCUUCUCAAUGGGAGCGAAGCAUUACCCCCGAUUUAUGUUGCUCCACAGAAUGGGCUGAAAGAAUUAGAUAAGAUUGAUGCAUUGCCUGGCCAGCCUAAAGGUGUAAACUUUGAUCAAUAUGCUGGUUAUGUGAUGGUCGAGCCGCAGCAUGGAAGAACACUCUUCUACUACUUUGUUGAGUCCCCACGAGACCCAGAAAGGAAACCACUCCUCUUAUGGCUCAAUGGAGGUCCCGGAUGCUCCUCCUUGGGAGGCGGAGCCAUGCAGGAAUUAGGACCCUUCAGAGUUCAGAGUGAUGGCAAAACCCUUCAUAGAAAUAAGCAUGCAUGGAACAAUGUUGCAAAUGUGGUUUUCUUGGAAUCUCCGGCGGGUGUAGGGUUCUCAUACACCAAAACAAGUUCGGACUACGAAAACAGGGGGGACAAGAGAACAGCAGAAGACACCUAUACCUUUCUGGUCAACUGGUUGGAGAGGUUCCCAGAGUACAAAACUCGUGAUUUUUUCGUAACUGGGGAGAGCUAUGCUGGCCACUAUGUGCCUCAGCUUGCCAGUCUUAUUGUUCUGAACAAUAAGAAGCCCAACAAACCAACCAUCAACCUCAGAGGCAUAGCAAUUGGCAACGCAUACAUUGACACCAACACAACUUUGAUGGGAAUGUAUGAGUUCUUGUGGAUGCAUGCCAUGUAUUCCGACAGGACCUACAGGCUGAUUCGAAGGAAAUGUAAGAUUUCAGAUAUGUAUUCAUCAGAGUGUGAAAAUGCCACAAAUCUGGCUGAUUUUGAGAUUGGGUCGAUUGAUCGCUUCAAUGUGUAUGUUCCACUUUGCACUAAAAAAUUACACCAACCAACUUCUGUUACCAGUUCGAAUGUGGAGUUUGAUCCCUGCGCUGGCAACUACGUUUAUGCCUACCUUAAUCUUCCAGAGGUGCAAAAGUCUCUUCAUGCAAUUCCAUUCCUAUGGACGUACUGCAGUCGGGGUGGUUGGAGGGAUUCCCCUUAUACCAUGCUGCCUAUGAUCAAGCAAUUGGCAACCAGCGGCAUAAGAAUGUGGUUAUACAGUGGUGACAUGGAUUCAGUUGUUUCAGUAACUUCCACAAAGUACUUUUUAAGAAUGCUGGGCUUGCCCAUCAAGAGCCCAUGGCGCCCAUGGCAGGCCAAUAGUGAGGUAGCAGGCUAUGUUGUCGCAUACAAUGGACUAACUUUCGUGACAGUCAGAGGAGCUGGCCAUGAAGUACCAAGCUACCAACCUGAAAGGUCCCUGAUCAUGAUCUCUGCAUUCCUUGAGGGAAAGCUUCCUCCUGCAUGAGAAGCAUCCUCCCCUCUCCCUCUGUCUACUUUAUGGAACAAUUGUGUGCAUUCAUGAUAUGUAUCUCCUUAAUGUGCUUGGUACUGAUAUAUCCUGUCGUUCUAGUAAUAAUACUUAUCCCCUUUAAACAA